CCCUGGGGCUGAGGUUCCCCACCCCUGUCUUAGGGGCUCAUGCCGUCUUGUGUUUUUGUGAAGUGUCCAGUACAAUAAGGUGCCAAUGCUGAUUAAGGUCCCAAAGUUCCAUUAUAGUACAGAUAUUAAACAAGGAAGGGCAAACAAGUAUUUAACCUCCAUGAUGGCUUCAGAUUCUGGCACAGCUGGAAAUAUUCUUCAAAGAGUCUUCAUUGUGUGGUGUACAGCUAACAGAAGUAAAGGCUCACUGCACACGUGGCUCUGAUGUAUAACCCACAGAAUCAUAGCUGGGGUAGAUUGCAUGGUCAUCACAGCCCUCAUGUAUGCACAUCCUUAUUGAUUCAGGUUCCUUGCAUGAUGUUUGGAUAACUAUUAGCAAGAAGAAAGGAGUUUUAUUAAUAUCCCUCUAAUACAUGCACCCAGCCUGCAUGUUUUUGAUGGAGCAUGGCUUUUAAUGUUUUUAGGAGAAAAUGUAAUCUGUUUUUAAUUUCAAGUCAGUUGCAGGGGACAGGAUUAUAUUAUCUGAGGUGACUUGGUCCUAAAUUGAUUUCAUUUCAUUUGUGUACCGCAUCAUGAUUAAAACAUUAGAAGUUCUGCAUGCUCUUUCUCUAGCAAAGUCUGAUUUUUGUGGUCAAGUCCUCUGAUGCUAUAGGCCUCACCCAUGUCCAGCCAGGUCUUAUUUAUUUGGAGAGAGGGUUAGGGAGGUAAGUGGAUCAGCAGGCUGGAAACAGAAUGUCUAUACUAGCUAAAAUAAGGGGAACGCCCAGGGAAACACUUGCGAUGGACAGGGUAACAAUGGAUAAGAUCAACCUGGAAGCCUCUGACUAUGGUGUGAAGCUGCCAAUCUUGCGGUCCAACACAGAGGAUCAGAUUCUGUACCAGACUGAGCGUUACAAUGAGGAGACAUUUGGGUAUGAAGUCCCCAUCAAGGAGGAGGGUGACUACGUUGUGGUGUUGAAGUUUGCUGAAGUCUAUUUUGCACAGUCCCAGCAGAAGGUGUUUGAUGUGCGCUUGAACGGUCACGUGGUGGUGAAGGACUUGGACAUUUUUGACCGAGUUGGACAUAGCACAGCUCAUGAUGAGAUGAUUCCCAUCAGCAUCAGAAAAGGGAAGCUCAGUGUCCAGGGAGAGGUUUCCACGUUCACAGGGAAGCUCCACAUUGAGUUUGUCAAGGGAUACUAUGACAAUCCGAAAAUCUGUGCACUAUACAUUCUGCAAGGAACAGUGGAUGGUAAGUUUUUAACUUCGAAUCCUUCAAGACUCUAGCUUGGAGAGCAACCCAUUACCUUUUAAAGCAUAUGUAUAGUGGCAGCUUUCACUGACCUGUCUCAGCCAGGCCCAUCACCCUCAGCUGUCACCUGUAAAGACUUGUCCUAGCACAUCCACAGGUGUAUUGUCUCCCCACUCCUUGACUCCAAGGCUGUCUCUAGACUGGCAAGUUUUUCUG